AUGUCACAAACAUUAUUUUCAAAAAAUUUAGCUGAAUUAGAUCCUAAAGAAAUUGGUGAAUAUAAUCCUUUCGUCAAAUUAGUACAUAAUCAAAAAAUUAUUCAAAUACCAGAAUUAGUAUUAGAAUCAGGACUGACUUUAAAUAAUUUUCCUAUUGCUUAUAAAACGUGGGGGAAAUUAAAUGCAAAUCGUGAUAACUGUUUAGUAAUUUGCCAUGCUUUAACAGGUUCAUCAGAUGUUGCAGAUUGGUGGGGUCCUUUACUUGGAAAGGAUAAAGCAUUUGAUCCAACUAGAUAUUUUAUUAUUUGUUUAAAUUCUAUGGGUUCACCAUAUGGUUCAUUUUCACCAUUAUCUAUAAAUGAAAAUACAGGUAGACCAUAUGGUCCAGAAUUUCCUUUAUGCACUGUAAGAGAUGAUGUUCGUGCACAUAAAAUGGUUUUAGAUUCAUUAGAUGUUAAAUCUAUUGCUUGUGUUAUCGGUGGUUCCAUGGGUGGAAUGCUGGCAUUAGAAUGGACAACAAUGUUUAAUAAAUCAUACGUGAGAAAUUUAGUAGCUUUAGCAACUUCGGCAAGACAUUCAGCUUGGUGUAUUUCAUGGUCUGAAGCUCAAAGACAAUCAAUUUAUUCUGAUCCAAAAUAUUUAGAUGGAUUUUAUUCAUUAGAUGAUCCACCAACGGCAGGGUUGUCUGCUGCUAGAAUGGCUGCUUUAUUAACAUAUAGAUCUAGAAAUAGUUUUGAAAAAAAAUUUUCUAGAAGACAACCCUCAAAACAACAAGAAAAUAAAAGUAAAACGACAGAAGGUCAAAAUGUUUCAAAUAGUAACAUCACGGAAAUUAAUAAACAACCUUUCACAAUAAGUGAAAGAUCUCUUCAUAUUCAUAACGACGGUAUGAGAAAUUAUGGUAAUUCGUUAUCUGGUAAUAUAAUACAUGGUAAUAGUAGUAGAAUGGGUAGUGUGGUUAGUACACAUUCAAAUGAGUCUCAAGCAUCUUCAACAACUUCCUCAGCUGAUUCAUUACAUUCAGUUUCAUCUGUUAGUUCAAUUAGUGGAGAAGUGACAGAUUUAAAACCUGCACAAACGUAUUUCUCAGCUCAAAGUUAUUUACGUUAUCAAGGUACAAAAUUCGUUAAUAGAUUUGAUGCUAAUUGUUACAUCGCUAUCACUAGAAAAUUAGAUACUCAUGAUUUAGCUCGUGAUCGUUCUGUGAACGGUUAUGAAGAAGAUAUGGAAAAAAUCCUAGAUUCUAUUGAACAACCAACUUUAGUGAUAGGUAUCAGCUCUGAUGGUCUGUUUACUUAUAGUGAACAAGAAUUCUUAGCUGAACAUAUCCCAAAUGCUAAAUUAGAAAAGAUAGAGUCUCCGGAAGGUCAUGAUGCAUUCUUGCUUGAAUUCGAGUUGAUUAAUAAGUUAAUGCUACAAUUUAUGAAAAAGAAUAUUCCAGAUAUCAUGAAUGCCAAACCAUUAAUUUGUGAAAACGAUGAAGAUAUAGAAACUGCAUACCCUAAGGACUCAGUAUUUGGUGAAGCCGAAGAAGUAACUAAUUGGUGA